AUGUUACGGUUACGGGUGAAAGGAAGGUGUCUCUUUCCUGCCAUGACAAAGUCCCCCAGUGCUGCGGAAAGAGCUGGAGCCAUGACAGGAAAAAGGCACAGCAAGGUUACAAAAAUGAUAAGAGACAUCCCUCAUCACAGCAAUAAAGGAGCACAGACGAAUACCCCAUUAACUGGCAGUUACCACACUUGUGAUUUCAUAGAGGAGGCAAGCCUCAAUCCUGUGAGAAUGACCUACCGAUUUAAGGACACGGGCUGUAACAGCCGGAUUGUGUGUAUGAGAGCCGGGCCAAUGCUUCUGCCAGGAGCUUACAGCUUUACUGUCUGGACCCAAGAAGCUUUCCAACAUCAAGCAUCCUACUUCUUUAAGAACUGUCCAAGACUUAACACCUAUAAAAAAGACAUAGACCUCUCUCUAUACCAUUAUGAUGUGACUGAGAAGCCUGUCCCUAAAUUACCUUGCAAGUACAGAGAGGGCACAGUGCGAUGCUCCUCCUGGCCACACUGCUUCUCUUUAAUGAAACUAAAGGUCAAUGGCUCAGCAGACAUUUAUGCUAUGAAGCAUGUAUCUGCAGCAGGCCAGCAGAAUGUAGGGCAGCGUAAGGCCAAUGCCGCAGAGAGCGACUGGAAGGAGGGACCAGCUCCUGGCCAGUACACCCUGACUUCCAGCCCAGUAACCAUUACUUCCUGCUUCAGAUCUACAGUACCACACCUUUAUCUUUAA